CCUUCAGCUCUUUGUUGUCCUCUUCCACUGCCUUUAUCCUCUCCUUCAGCUCCUCCAUGUCCUUCUUGAUUGAGUUGUGUUCCUGUUUCAGCCCAACUCCCUCCUCACCUCCUCCCCCCUCCUUCUCCUCCCCACCUCCCUCCCUCACCCCUUCCUCCAUCUUCCCCUCCUCCACUACAACCACCGCCGGUAAUUGAGGGGCAUUGACAGCAGC